AUGUUGACUCUACUGGUUGAUAACAUUAGCAGAGAUAAGAUAUAUAUUUGUCAUUCCCACGUAGUACGAGCGGCCCAGUACUUAUGUGCUGAAGUGACAAUAAGUGGAGGGCGACUCUCUUACGAUACUGAUCUCAAAGGAAGAAAAGCCUCAGCAUAUUUUACCACUGCGGAUAUCCCUCCACAUCUUGUGGAAGUGAUCAACGGAACGAGCAGCAAAGAAGUCGUAACCGCUCGAGAUGUGUGGACUUUCGUGAACGGCGCAUUGAUGAAGUAUCACGGAACUACUGCUUGGCCUUCAGAUUAUCAGGAGGAGGAUGAGUCAGAGAAGGCUGUACCCAACAUUGACACAGAUGGGCCUCCGCCUCUGUCAAAGGCUGAAGACGAAUUGGGCGCUGAAGAUGGCGUCGACAUGGUCCGAGCUACGUCUGGAGCUGUCCCGAUUUCUGCGAAAGUACCUCGUAUUGAUGCUAAUCAGCCCCAUCAUCCGCCCAUUGUUCAGCAGGGACCAUGUCCUUCGGAAAGCGCAUGUGAAAGGCUGUUGGACCAUGUCACAGUCGAGAAAGCCGGUGGUGAAGUCGACGGAAACCAGGAAACCAGUGGACUGAGCACCUUGGAUGGUGAGGUAAAAGCAGAAGUCACUGAUGAUGCAAUGGAAGACGACAAUUAUGAAACUGUGCGAAGUUACAUCAUCAGACAACUCAAAUUGCCCGAUCCUCCCUCACACCCCCCAGCUCCACGCGAAAAUCUGAACCCCACCGAAACUGAACUACUGGAUUGA